AUGUCAGUAAGAAAUUUAUGGGAUUCAAAUAUUGCUGAAUAUUGUUCACAACAACCGCUAAGUUGGCAAACGCAGUUUAAACGAAAGGACCAUGAAUAUCAGAAAUCGAGAUUAAAGGAGAAAGUUGGAUUUAUUAAUAACUAUUUUGGAUUGUUUAAAGAGAGUGGAAAUUAUUCAAGACUUACUCGU